GCGCUGUGCUUCAGGAUUGCCAGAAGGCGUGGGGGCAGACGUUCCCCGGAUGGUCGGCGGGAUCGGAUUGCGCGAAAGCGGCGCGGCUGACGUGCAACGCGCAGGGCAUGGUCACCUCCAUGAACAUGCCGUACGCGGGGCUGAGCGGGAGCAUUCCGUUGAGCAUCAGCGGAUUGAACGCGCUUACCACACUCGACCUGUCGGCCAACAACCUCACGGGGCUCAUUCCGUCCACUGUCACCGCGCUCGCCAAGCUGCAGUGGAUGAGCCUGGGGUCCAACUUCCUCAUGGGCCCCGUGCCCCCCUGCACCACCCUCACCAGUCUCUCCUAUCUCAAUCUGGCAUACAACCUGCUAUCGGGGGAGCUGCCGGCUGCCGUCCAUCCCACCCUCCAAUCCCUGCGCCUACUCCACAACAACCUCACCGGCUCGCUGCCAGCCACCAUCGGGAGCUUCUUCCACCUCACUGAACUCGAUGUGUCGUUCAACAGCCUGUCCGGCUCGCUGCCCACCACCAUCAGCAACCUCACCAGUGCUUCGAUCCUGGAGCUGUGUUGCAACGCCUUUGCUGGCACAGUACCUGACGCCAUCUCCACCCUCACCAACCUUCGCUUCCUCGAUUUGGGAGACAACAACUUCACAGGCCCAUUCCCCCCAUCCAUCUUCUCGCUUUCCAACCUCAGGGACCUGUCGCUGUACGACAACCAAUUCGUCGGCUCUCUCCCCGAUGCCAUCAGCACACUCACCAAGCUCAAGGACCUCAACAUUUUCCGCAACAGCCUCUCUGGCCCCCUCCCCUCGGCCAUUGGAAGCCUCGUGAUGAUGGAAUACAUGAACAUGCAGAACAACCAGCUCAGUGGGUCCAUUCCAGAUUCCAUUGGCAACCUUGUCAACCUCGACUACCUCGACAUAAGCAACAACGCAUUCACGGGCUCUCUCCCCGACUCCAUGGGCCUCCUCCUCAACCUCAAGAAUCUUGACCUGAGUGAGAACAUGCUCACGGGAUCUCUGCCUGUUUCACUGGGCAACCUCACCAAUCUGCUCACCCUGUUCUUCAACUCCUCCAGCCCCAGCAGUCCCGUGUGUCCGGCCACUGGUGGCAGCUGCAUGGGGGUGAAUCAGCAGGGCAACUCCUCCUUCUGCCAGGCCUGCCCUGCCUUCUGCACCACCUGCACGCCCCCCGGCAACCCAGCAACCUCCACCCCGACCGAAGCACCACCCUCGUCACCAGCCCCCGCGUCCUCCCCCGCCCCGUCUCCCCCGAUUGCACCCCCCAGCUCUCCUCCCCCUCCUGCGCCUGUCACCCCCUCUCCCGCACCCCCGCCGCCCAGUGCGGCCGUUCCCAUGUUCCCUUCCCCCGCCACGGAGAGAGAUCAUCCACAGAUGUGCCUUGCAGGGUAUGACCUGGCAGGCAGGCACGCUGCUGCUGCUGUUGCUGCUGCUGAUGCUGCUGCUGCUGGUGCUGCUGAUGCUGCUGCUGCUGCUGCUCCUGCUGCUUCUGCUGCUGCUGCUGUUGCGGUGUGA